GUCACUCACUCCCUGCGUUCCGCUCCUUUUUUUCGGUAAUCCGGUCUUCACAGGGAAAGGAUCAAUUUCUCUCUCUCAAAAGGUUCCCACGCACCUCCGCGUGCAGAGCUUCAGUUUCUGAUCGGUCCACUUAAGACACGGACUUCCGGUACCGAAAAUUGGAAUUACCUUGGAUGUGUUAGUUGUUUGGUUGAAGAUGGAAGAGCUGGAAGGUUACUAUUUCUCGGCAGCCCUAAGCUGCACUUUCCUGGUCUCUUGCUUCGUUUUCUCUCUUAUAAGCCGGGCGCUGCGGGAGCCCUACAUGGACGAAAUUUUCCAUUUGCCGCAGGCCCAGCGCUACUGCUGGGGCUCCUUCCAGUGGGAUCCCAUGAUCACUACACUACCUGGUUUAUACCUGAUAUCUGUUGGAAUUCUAAAACCUGCCACUUGGAUCUUUGGAUGGUCUCAACAUGUAGUCUGUUCCAUAGGAAUGCUCAGAUUUGUUAAUCUGCUCUUCAGUGCUGGCAACUUCUAUUUACUCUAUUUACUUUUUUGCAAGUUACAACAGAGGAACAAGGCUGUCUCAGGCAUCCAGAGAAUUUUGUCAGCUUUAACAAUAGCAGUUUUCCCUACACUCUAUUUUUUUAACUUCCUCUAUUAUACAGAAACAGGAUCUAUAUUUUUUGUUCUUUUUGCCUAUUUUAUGUGCCUUUAUGGUAAUCAUAAAACUUCAGCCCUUCUUGGAUUUUGUGGCUUCAUGUUUCGCCAGACAAAUAUUGUUUGGACUGUAUUCUGUGCGGGAAAUAUUAUCUCACAAAAGUUAACGGAGGCUUGGAGGACUGAACAACAAAAGAAGGAAGAGAAACUUCCAUCCAUCAAAGGACCACUUUCAGCGUGUAAGAAGAUAUUGUGUUUUCUUCUCGAUUACGCCACAUCCUUUAGGAACUUGAAUACACUUAUAGUUUUGACAUGGCCCUAUAUCCUUUUAAUACUUGUAUUUAUUGCUUUUGUAGUCUUAAAUGGUGGAAUAGUUGUUGGUGAUAGGAGUAAUCAUGAGGCCUGUAUGAAUUUUCCUCAGCUAUUUUACUUUUUUUCUUUUACUCUCUUUUUUUCUUUUCCUCACCUGCUGUCCCCAGGAAAAAUUAAAACUUUUCUCCAGUCAGUAAGGAGACACUGGGGGCAAUAUGUUAUACUUACAACUGUCUCCUUAUUUUUAGUCUGGAAAUUCACUUAUGUUCAUAAGUAUUUGCUGGCAGACAACAGACAUUAUACAUUCUAUGUUUGGAAAAGAAUCUUCCAGAGAUAUGAAUUUGUAAAAUACUUGCUAGUUCCAUGUUAUUUGUUUGCUGGUUGGAGCAUUGCUGAUUCAUUGAAAUCUAAAUCCAUUUUCUGGAACAUAAUGUUUUUCACAUGCUUAUUUACAGUCACAGUUCCUCAAAAACUUUUUGAGUUUCGUUACUUUAUCUUGCCUUAUAUCAUUUAUAGACUUAAUCUUCCUAUGCCAUCUGUGCCCAAGCUCCUUUGUGAACUGAGUUUUUAUAUACUUAUUAAUUUUAUAACAUUUUAUAUCUUUUUGAACAAGACAUUUCAGUGGCCAAAUAAUGAUAAUAUUCAAAGGUUCAUGUGGUGACCAAAUUAAUAUCUUGCUUCAUAUAACCAAAUUUAUAUCUGGAACUUUUCCACAAUAUAGGCAGGACUUUGUUUAAUAACAAGCCAGUUGGUAUUCAUGUGGUUAGAAGUGAUUGUGAAAUCUAAUUUGUUCCACAUGAUGAAAUAUUGAACCUAUCCAAGUGUUAAAAACCUUUUUUAUUACAUUAAUGAAACAGAUGUCCAAAAAUUAUGGAAAAUAAUGGAAAAUGAGAAGUGUUUACAUUUACUUUGGCAUAUCUUUAAAAAAAACUUUCUAAACAUUAAAAAGACUUCUAAUUAGAUUGUAAAUAGUUUCAAAGGCUUCAAAUAUUUCAGCAUACAGUCAGUGUUUGUUCCAUCAGAAAAUUAUAUUGGUUUAGGGAAGGAAAGGCCUUUGUAUUGUUAUUUAGAAUCAGAUUAUUACUUUGAGUGUAAUAUAUAUGGAUGGUGCAGAUCUUUCACAUACUCUUAUUUUGAAAUUAUAAAUGUCUUGACUAAAGCAAAAUUGCACUAAUGAUAAUGCUUAUUAAAAAGGGUAAUGUAAUCAUAGAGAUAUAUUUCCAAAGAUGUUUCAGAAUCGAUCUCUUUAUAAUAUUUUUAAGAGUACAAGAGUUUCUUUUUUUUUGGAUCAUUUAAUUGCAACUCCUCUAAGUGAAGGAAGAUGUAGACAAGAUGACUUUUUGAGGUCCUUUCUGAUCCUGUGAUUGUAUAUUACAAUGGGAACUUUAAAAAGCCCAGUAUUAACUAGUAGUUAAUUUAGUUUCUUAUGGUUUUUUUUUAAUUGGGUUUAACAACUUGCUGCUAAAUUGGAAUGUCAGUCUUCCCUUGAAAGUUCUUUGGUAAGUAAUGUACAAAUCUUCAGUGGCAUUAUUCUUUCAAACCAUUUUCAAAUUUUUCCAACUGAUUUGUUGGAUUUUGUUGUAUGGAGAAAUGACUGUACUUUUAUAUAACUUAUAUUAUCUUGCUCUGAGAGAUUCUUUUCAUUUUGUCUUUCAGUUAACAAGUGGGAUUGGAAAGUAUUUUAUAUUUUUUACUACAGAUUUAUUAUUUUUUUUAAAUAAACAAACUCGGGUUAUCAUUAA